AUGCCUGGAGUAGCAAUGGGUAGCACAGAUGGAACGAAAGCUUUGGGCUCUGGGUGGCAGGUGUGGGGCAACCCUCCCACUUCGAGAAAUGCGUCAACAUUGUCGACUAUUGCUGUCGCUGAGUCGUCAGUUUCUCAGGCAGACUCUCACUUCCGCUCGAGUUUAAGUGACACAUGGGGUUCAAGAUCAACUGGUGGUGCUUGGGAUGAAAUGACCGAUAGUGCUCAGAGGAUGGAUUUGGUGUCAUUCGAUGCUCAGAGCGGACUGCCUCUUCAUCAGGGCAGGCAAAGGCAUAUUACGUCUUCGCAAAGCACUGCUGCUCUGUCGUCUCCAUCAGCGACGGCUUCCAAACAAGGACAAUUCUCUCCUCAGCCAUACCCCACUUCUGCUGGCAGAGAUCCGACGCACCCGGCGCGCUAUUUACCAACGUCACCCGCGAAGCCAGGAAAUUAUGGUUAUUCGACGUCUCCGUACGCUGGACAGCAGCCUCUCAUGCAUGGCGGUAGUCCGGCUGUCACUUAUGACUCGCUACAACCGUCUUCUAACUCAGAGGAUGAGCUCUCCGUAGCGCUGCGUGGCAUGGCGGUAGCCGAUGAUUACAGUCUGUCUCAGCAAAGCCAAGCAUUUCGCGAACAAACUGGUGUCACAUCUCCAUCUUCGGCAUCUGUCCAGGCCACGCAGCCCUCCGCGAACCAGCUCCGUUCUCACCCCCAGGUUCAACAACAUCGUAUGGCGUAUGGUGGAUAUCCUCAAACUGAUUACCAAACUUACUAUAAUGGCACGUCAGCGGGAUUAGACUGUUCGGAUGCUUACGAUGCUUAUCAUGCCGCCUCAGAUCCCUCGUUGUACGCCCCUUCUCCCGCCUUGAGCGCCGCUACACCCGCGCCUAAUAUGUAUCAUGCAAUGGGACCGCCGUCAUUAAUGCCGCACACCGCAAUUGAUUUGCAUAAUCCUCAAUCUGGAGUAUUCUACGAUUAUACCGGGUCGUCACGAACAAUGGGGUCACAGUACUACUAUCCGCCUCAACCCGUGAUGUAUCAUCCACACCCCUCGCAAUCGCCCGUG